AUGGCCGAGAAAAGAAAGUCUUUGAGUGUUGACUUCAAACGUAAAGUUUUAAAAUUCAUAGAAGAAAACCCUCAUAAGAAGAAAGUGGACAUUGCAAAGGAAUUCAACAUUACACCAACAACUCUUUCAACAAUUCUUAGAAAUGAAAACAGAUAUGAAGACGAAGGUGGACUUUCUGGUCAGUGUAAAAGGGCUGAACCAGCCGAACUACAGGACGUUGAAACUGCUGUCAUGUUAUGGCUUAAACAGUGUCGUGACAAAAACGUAUCCAUUUCGGGACCAAUACUUCAGGAAAAAGCUCAACAAUUUGCCGAGCAGUUGGGCCAUAAUUCUUUUCGAGCAAGCAAUGACUGGUUGGACCACUUCAAGAAGAGGAAUGAAGUAACUUUUAAAAAGUGUGUGGUGAAAGCGGUAGUGUUGAUGAUGCAGUGUGCACGGAUUGGAAGAAAAAACUGA